ACGGCGCUGUGCCGGCGAAAGGGUCAGCACCGCGGACAGCAGCGCCUUGCCCUAGCCGCCGAUCUCCAGCCCGCUCGCCCGCAGCCACACGCGCCAUGGCCGCGGUGACUCACCUGCAAGGAGUCGAGAUCUCAGCCGCCCAGUUUUUCGAGAUCUGGAAUCACUACGACUCUGAUGGCAAUGGGUACCUGGAUGGGAAAGAGCUGCUGAACUUCAUCCAGGAGCUUCAGCAGGCACGAAAGAAGGCAGGAUUGGAAUUAACACCUGAAAUGAAAGCAUUUGUGGACCAGUACGGGAAAAAUACUGAUGGAAAAAUAGGAAUAGUCGAGCUUGCUCAGAUAUUACCAACAGAAGAGAACUUCCUAUUGUUCUUUAGGUGCCAGCAGCUCAAGUCAAGUGAAGAUUUCAUGCAGACCUGGCGAAAAUAUGACACUGACCAUAGUGGCUUCAUUGAGACUGAAGAACUUAAGAGUUUUUUGAAAGAUUUACUACAGAAAGCAAAUAAGCAGAUUGAUGAUUCCAAGCUAACAGAAUACACCGAAAUAAUGCUGAAGAUGUUUGAUUCAAACAAUGAUGGAAAGCUGGAACUUACUGAAAUGGCCAGUUUACUACCAGUGCAGGAAAACUUUCUUCUUCAAUUUAAGAGUGUCAAAAUGUGUGGGAAAGAGUUCAAUAAAGCUUUUAAGCUGUAUGAUCAAGAUGGCAAUGGAUACAUAGAUGAAAAUGAAUUAGAUGCAUUAUUGAAAGAUCUGUGUGAAAAGAACAAAAAGGACUUAGACAUUAACAACCUGGAAACAUACAAGAAAAACAUCAUGGCCUUGUCUGAUGAAGGAAAGCUUUACCGAACAGAACUUGCUCUUAUUCUUUCUGCCGAGCAGGAUUAGAGACCUCCUGUCACUUCAGUUGAACUGGUGAUAUACUGUAUCAACACAAUAACUGUGCACUAUAAGGGAGUAGCCUGUACUUUCUUUUAUAUCUGUAAAUUUAAAUCGCAUAUAAUUAGCCAUGAUGUGUGGCACAUUCUUUUCAGUCUGUUUCUAUACUGUUUGUAAUGUACAGUUUUUGUAAUUAUAAGAUUGAUAAAGAGUGUCUGUUUGGGCCAGUCUGUAUAUUCAAGAAGAAACUAAGAUUUUUUUGCUUUCAUAAAAAUGGCUGGAAAAAAUUUUAAAAUUCUGCUGAGACUGUUUUGUUCAUCAUAUCCUUUGACACUUGCAACAUUUCUGUUCAAUUAUACUUAAGUAAAAGCCCAGAGCUCUUUCAGUGCACGACUAAAUACGAGUUUUUAAAUGCAGAAUGUAAAAAUGCUGUUUUCAAGUAGGAAAGAUGACCAGGGAUGUUUGAACUGAAAGAUUUACCAAGCUGGUGAGAAAUAUUUUCAGUAGUCUGACUAGCUACUUGCAAAUCUAUGCUCCUUGCAUUUUUGCAGUAAACGAGGAGAGCUUACGAACUUAUGGCAUACAGACAUAACAUCUAUAAACAGCAGAUAUCUGGAACAGCUCAGUGCUGCUGUUCACAUACAAUGUUGUUUUCCAUUUAGCUGUUUAAUUUCACUAAAUUUAAACAAGGUGAUAAGCAUCUAAGAAAUACAAGAGACAGAGUUCUUGACAAAUUUUUAAUCUAUUUUGGAAACCUGGCUAAACUCCAGAUAGGAUAAUUAAUACACACAUUUGCAUAAUACAAUAAGUGUAACUCAUAAAUUGCUGUGUCAGAGAAUAUGACAAUCCAUUUUCUAAACUAUUUGCACAUAUUGCAGGUUAAAAUUAUUGUAGUAAACUGCUGUUUUUAAAUCAUUCGGUGUAACCUAUAAUUAAAUUUAAUAUACUAACACUACCCUUGUCUAGUCUGUCUACUUCCAGGAUUUUCUUAGCAAGUAGAAAACAAGGAAAUAAUUUGUUUUAAAAGUGUGCUUUCUGCAUCUUACACUAAAUUUCUAAUGGAGAAAAUUAUUGGAAUUUAAGACUUAAAAAAACAAUCCAUUUCUCAAAGUAUUAAUUCAACACCAAGUCUAGUCGUUUAUAUAUCAGACUCUAAAUUAGAUUACUCUGCUUUAAGAAAGAGUUCCCCUGCAGAAAGUCCACUAUAAUUGCUCCUGUCUUUUUUAUAAUUGUGCUCUGUAGGCCUGGGUCUAAUUUUACUUACACUAGUUUUAUGCCAGCAUAACUCCACAGACUUCAGUGGCAUUGCUCCCAAUUUAUAGCAGUGUGAGAACAGAAUAAGGUCUAUGUCUUAAUGUCAAUCAACCUAAGCUGCCUCUACUUAAAGUAUGGUGUUUCAGAAGCACUCCCAGCUCAAUACAUUAUUUUAUUAGCUGGAUACAAUGCCUAAAAUGCAUCCACAGUAACUUAUCUGACAAACGGGCAAAUCAGUUUAAUUAGAUAGAAGUGGUCUCAAGCAGCAAGUGUAUUGGGUACUCUCCGAUCUUGAGAUAGAUGUAAUUAGAAGAUAGGAGGAGGAGGCAGCAACAGAGUGAUUCUUGGUGGAAAAAACACAC